ACGGGCCCGGGAAUUGCAACACUUUGUACCUUAGCAUCGGAAUGCAUGAUUACAAAAGAAACGGUGUCGUUUGCGUGGAGUGGGGGCUGGGGGAGCGUGAAGCGAAUGUGCCGUUUUGAAACCAAAGGACCGUAAGCGCUUCCUCUCUCCCUGCACGAGACCCUCCCGCGGGCCCGGCUGCCGCCUCUGGACUGUCCGGAGAGAACAUGGCGGCCCCCGGCGCCCGGGGCUCCAGCCUCGCGGGCCUGCUCCCGGCUCAGACAUCUCUGGAGUACGCCCUGCUCGACGCCGUCACCCAGGAGGAGAAGGACAGCUUGGUCUACCAGUAUCUGCAGAAGGUGGACGGCUGGGAGCAGGACUUGUCAGUGCCCGAGUUUCCGGAAGGAUUAGAAUGGCUGAACACUGAAGAGCCUAUUUCUGUCUACAAGGAUCUGUGUGGAAAAGUAGUCAUCCUUGAUUUCUUCACCUACUGCUGCAUAAACUGCAUUCAUCUACUGCCUGAUCUUCAUGCAUUAGAACACACAUACUCUGAUAAAGACGGUCUUCUGAUUGUUGGUGUUCACUCGGCUAAGUUCCCAAAUGAAAAAGUCCUGGAUAACAUUAAGAGCGCCGUUCUUCGAUACAACAUCACUCACCCUGUGGUUAAUGAUGCAGAUGCCAGCCUUUGGCAAGAACUAGAAGUCUCCUGCUGGCCAACUUUGGUCAUACUUGGACCUCGUGGAAAUAUGUUAUUUUCUUUAAUUGGAGAGGGACACAAAGAUAAAUUAUUUUUAUAUACUUCAAUAGCUUUAAAGUAUUAUAAAGACAGGGGACAGAUCAGAAAUAAUAAAAUUGAAAUAAAACUCUAUAAAGAUUCUUUGCCACCUUCACCAUUGCUGUUUCCUGGCAAAGUAACGGUAGACCAUGUUUCUAAUAGAUUGGUAAUAGCAGACACUGGACAUCAUAGAAUUUUGGUCGUCCUGAAGAAUGGGCAAAUUCAGUACAGCAUUGGAGGACCCAACCCUGGAAGAAAAGAUGGAGUAUUUUCAGAGUCAACUUUUAAUUCACCACAGGGGGUAGCCAUAAGGAAUAAUAUCAUAUAUGUGGCAGAUACGGAAAACCACCUUAUAAGAAAGAUUGACCUAGAAGCUGAGAUGGUGAGCACUGUAGCUGGCAUUGGGAUUCAAGGUACAGAUAAAGAAGGUGGAGCUAAAGGAGAAGAACAGCCCAUUAGUUCCCCCUGGGAUGUGGUUUUUGGGACAUCAGGUUCAGAGGUCCAAAGAGAUGACAUUCUCUGGAUAGCCAUGGCAGGGACUCAUCAGAUAUGGGCACUGCUCCUGGACAGCGGCAGACUACCAAAGAAAAAUGAGCUACAAAAAGGAACCUGCCUUCGGUUCGCCGGAAGUGGAAAUGAAGAGAACCGAAAUAAUGCGUAUCCUCACAAGGCUGGCUUCGCCCAGCCUUCAGGUCUUUCUCUGGCCUCUGAAGAGCCCUGGCGCUGCCUGUUUGUAGCAGACAGCGAGAGCAGCACCGUGAGAGCCGUGUCACUGAGGGACGGGGCGGUGAGGCACCUUGUAGGAGGAGAACGAGACCCCAUGAAUUUAUUUGCUUAUGGUGAUGUUGAUGGAGUAGGAAUCGAUGCCAAGCUUCAGCACCCACUUGGAGUAACCUGGGACAAGAAAAGGAAUUUACUUUAUGUGGCAGAUUCUUAUAAUCACAAGAUUAAAGUUGUGGAUCCCAAAACAAAAAACUGCACGACAUUAGCAGGAACCGGAGACGCAAGUAACGUUAUCACUUCCAGCUUCACCGAGUCAACUUUUAAUGAACCAGGAGGCUUGUGUAUUGGAGAGAAUGGCCAGUUAUUAUAUGUAGCAGACACCAAUAAUCAUCAAAUUAAAGUGAUGGAUUUAGAAACAGAAACGAUUUCUGUGCUCCCAGUCUCCAGACCUGAAAACGCUGUUGUAGAUGGCCCAUUCCUAGGAGAAAAACAGAAAACAUUACCCAAACUACCUAAAUCUGCUCCAAACAUUCGACUUCCCCCAGUGGCUGCAUCUCCAGGACAGACUCUGCAGUUCAAGCUAAGAUUAGACCUCCCAUCGGGAACAAAGUUAACCGAAGGAGUACCCAGUUGGUGGUUUCUAACAGCUGAAGGCAAUGAAUGGCUUCUUCGAGGACAGAUACCCUCUGGAGUAAUCGAGAGCAUUUCCAGUCAACCAGCCAUCUCACUGCAGAUCCCUGGAGAUUGCCUAUCACUUGAAGCCAUUCUAUCUAUCAGCGUGUUUCUUUAUUACUGUAGCACAGACAGCAACGCCUGUAUGAUGAAGGGAAUUAUGUUCAGUCAGCCUUUACAAAUAACCAGUGCACAACCAGGGUGCAUAGCUCCAGUAGAGCUCAAGUAUGUAUUUUAGCAAGCCAGCCAGCUACCCAGUCACCAUAGCCCCUGGCCUCCACCCUCCCAGUCACUGUACCUUACAAAAAGCAGCUUUAUUUCUGCCUCUGGGUACCAGGAGACCCAUUGCUCAGUUCUAGCAACUGAUACUAAGAUAAAGCUACGCUUCAUAUUUACUUAUCUAUGAUAAACAAAUUCCUUCAUUCUGGCUGUGUACCAGCUAAAUCACUGACCAUCAUUUGAACCAUGAUUUUGUACUUUGUGCUAUUUGGCACAAAACUUAAAUCCAUACUGUAGUCUAGACUAUUAUGAAGAUAAUUUGCAAUGAAUACUGAUAACAGUAAUGAAACCAAAUAUUUUAACUUUUUCUAUCUUUAUUAGCGAGUAGCACAUUUAAAUAUAUAAAUUUCACAAUAACUUUAAACAGAACCUAAGAUCCAGUCCACAUGUUGGUAUAAGGACACCUGCCAUUCAGGGCCUAAGGUCUGUUUUAAGCCAAAAAAAAAAAAAAAAAAAAAAAAAUCACAUUACAGAAGCUUAAAGAGUAUCUGGGUGGUAAAUAUGUUCUCUGUUCUCUAUGAUUCUCUCAUUUGAGAGCAAUUUAAAAGAAUUUCUAUUUUUAUUAUAAAUUAUUUGCUAUUUUAACAUGCCAUUAUUAAUGCCUUAUAACUAUAUACAGAAAAAGAGGUCUAAGGAUGUACAGACUCAAUUUCUGAACUUUUUCUGAUUGAAUACAGUCUUACCGGGUAAUAAGUGAGGCCCCAGAAAUACUACAACUUUCAAGGAGAAAGGGACUUUGGGACAUAUUACUAUCUGUGAUGCUAUUUAUGAUAAUAAAUUGUGACAGCUGAAUCUGAGUAAGUAGGUAUAUAUACGUUGUCUUAGAGGUUUAAAUUUCACCUGUAAGCAUUAAAGUGUGCAGAUUCGUUGGAUUUGGGGUUUUUGGGCUCCCCUAUACAGAACUUAAAUUAUCAUUUAUUGUGAUGUUUUUUAAAAAAUCACUUUUAAGCCUUCAAGGAAAGUUUUAGUGUGAAGCACUUUCAUUCUAUUAAUAUGUAUAUAUAUUUAUUACUCUUUAAAACAUUAGGGCUGAAACAUACAGUGAUUAAAUGACACCGGGGAGGUUUUUAACCCCAAAAGAAAUUGCCAGUAGAAGAUAAUGGAAAGUUUUUUUCUUAUAAUUUCCCUUUAUAACUAUUUAAAAGCCUAUUCUUGUUUUUACUACAACUGGUUCAAUACGUUUGUGAUUUAAUCAGCUUACAGGAUUUUGAAAAUGUCAGGCAUAAACUAUAUUUCCACAAUAACUAUUUAUAGGCAAGAUGACAUAAUAUGCCUUUCCCCCCUUCAGAAACAAAUUUGAACUAUAAUCUUUGGACUACCAUCAUCUGCCCAUUUUUCUUUUUGAAAUACAAUUUUGAACAUAUUAAUAGCUUCAUUUACUCAGGUUCUCUAAAUCUCUGAAGGAAAUGCAUAGUCAUGAUUUGGAUUUAAUUUGUAAUCUGCUAAAGCUCUUUUUAAAGAGAAGCAUAAUGUAAAGUUAAAAGGAAUCUUGUUUAAAGUUAUUAUAUAAUUACCUCAUAAACCUUUUCUUUCCAUAAAAAGCAUUCAGUAAUAAAGGAAUGAAUAACAUUAAUAUUCUUUUAUGGAAAAUAGGCUGAAGUCCUGUUUUAAUCUAAUUUGAAAUAUUCUACUUCUCAUUUCCAUUUGGACAUGAUGAGAAUAUUUUGGGUUAAUCUUUUCCUAUUUAAAAAGACAUAAACAAUUUCACUUCCUGGGAAAGAAGUAUAUAUGGUUUUAACCCAAUUCAGAAAUACCUGGUAAUUAAUUUUUCAAUAUAAUAUACAAACACACAUAUGUAUUAUGUAUCUCUAUUCCUUUUGUCUAGACAGUUUUCAGUUAGUAUUAAGCUUAUAUUUUCUUUCAAAAUAGUUCUAUUGAACAUUCUUAGUCACCAAUAUGCACUAUUUCUUACAUUAAAAAUAUUAUUUAUGUGGAUUUAGUAUGAUUUUUUAUGAAUCCUACUAAAGCAGUAUAAGUAGGUUCCUAGAAUUUAUGACUAACAUAAACCUCUUACAUAAGAGGAAGCACUCGAAAGUUUAUUUUUAAAAACUUCUUGAUCCUUGUCUGCCUUCUGUUUUCUAUAAGGACUUGCAUUUUUUUUUUUAGCUUUAGCUUUCCUUGUAUCAAUUAUGUCCAGUGAUAGUUUAAAAAGAGUCAGAUUUUAGCAUAAGUCAUCUUAAUCAAAGUGCCAGUAAUGUGGCAUCACACACACUUUGACACGAUACCUGGGAUCUUUGCCCUGAAUUGUGCUGUUUUUGUCACUAUUUUUCCCAUCACUCUCUGGGAUAUUAUUUCACAAGCAGUAGGACUUUUUUUUUUUUUUCCUGAAUUUAUACUCAGGAUUAAUAGGAUCCCUGAAAAGAACUUUGCUUAUCUUAAAUAUGCUGCCUCAAGCAAAUAUUUAACCUACUCACAAGGAAAAACUUUAUAGUUGAAUCACCCAUAAGUGUAAUUCCGGCAAAGUUCAAUGACUACAAAACAGUUUUCCCCCUGACUGUUCUAAUUAAAACUAUAGUUAUAGUAUUAUUAGGUCUGCAGAAAGCUAUAAAUCUUAACACAGCCAAAAAUAUUUCACACGUGCUGAUGAAUAUAUAUAUGUGUGUGUGUGUGUGUGCACACAUGCACGUGUAUAGACAUGCACAGAUACAAAGAUCAAGAACUUCUCAUCUAAGUUUCUCUUAUGGGCAGAAUACUUUUGGUUAGUAUCACCAAAAUAAGUUACUCUCUGCUUGUUUGUCCAUGGUUGGAAAUUUUAGGAAAAAACUGAAAAUAGAUAUCUGUAAUAAUUUUCUGCCUGCACAAAAUUUAUUAUAUCUGCCAAUUAAAAAGACUUCAGUCUGGCCCUUGUAUUUGGUAUCGUGUUUAAGAACAAUCAUCAAAAACUAAAUUCCAUAGUUCACGACUGCAUAAAAAUACAUGGGAGGAACUAUGUCAACGGUGGUUCUCCUCAAUGAUAAAAUUAUAAAUAUUUUAAUUCAACUUGCCUAUAGUUUGUUUUCAGUGAACAAUGUGUUAUUUUCAGGGGGGAAGAAGUUUUUUUUAAAGAUUUAAAGUGAAACUGAAUUUAAAGGAAAACUGAAUGGGAAGCACUGAUGUAACUUCUAAAAUCACCUUUAUUGCAAGGAUCAGAACAUAAUUUGGAAUGCUUUGAUCUAUUGGUUCUCUUAAGUAUGUGAUUUGGUAAAGACAGAAAUGAUUAGGACUUUU